AUGCCGUCUCUGGCAGCAGCUGAUCUGGCUGAGCUCUUCUCCAAAGGUCGUCUUUCGCUCAGGAUUCCUUCUUCCUCGCCCUCGACCCCCAGAUCGGUCGUCUUCUUCGACGAAGUGCUCAACGUGGAGGCCAUCUUGACACUACCUUCGGAUCCGCUACUACCCAUAGCCUCCUCCUCAUAUGCGCAAGGUGCUGUCUACUCACAAGCGCUGCCGCUGCCUGCUCUGCCAGUGACCGCAUCCCUCGGCCACCAGAGUAUCCCGCCGCACCUCAACGCACUCCUCGCCUGCAUCCAUGUCAACCUUCUCACCGACUACGUACCCCACCAGUCAUCAUCCUCCACACGCCUCAACAGGUCUACCAAUCCAUACGAGCCUCUCUCUAGCGUUCAUCGUCAGUUUGAAUCCCUCCAGCUUUUGCCAUCGCAUAACCCUCAUGCCGACCCAAAUCAGACACACCAUGCCUCCGUCCGUGCCUUCUCCAACGCUUGGGCUGGCAACCAGCCGCCUAAGCCCCAUCGCACAUUGAAAGAUGAGCCGAAAACCUCAACACCCACGGCGGCUGGCUCAUCGCAUCGUGCUUAUCUCACGCACGAGGCGCAGCACUGGAGCGUUCAUUGGCAUUGUCGUGUGCCCAUCAACUUUUUGGCAACGCCUUUUCAGCCCCUGCUCUCCGUCACUGCUGCGCUCACGUUGCGCCUCGACUAUGCGCUGUUGGACCACUUCAUUCCUGCACCAUCUUCCAAGGCGUUCGUUCGCUCUGGCUUCGCGCACUCGCUCCUCACUCCUCUGCACGAAGGUCCUGUGUAUCCUGACGAAUCGCCGCUUCAGAGUCAAGCCAGAGCAAAAGCCUCUUCCGCGCUCGGCCUCGACGGUCCCAAUGGUCUCGGCUCCUACCUCGCACACCUAUCCAAGGACGUCAUUGGCGGCAACAAUAGCGUCAUCACUCCUCGCUCGGGCUCAAUCGCUCUUCACGCAAUACAGAGCCGGAGAAGCGAGGCCCUAACCGGCGACGCAACACGCACCAAAUUGACGUCCCGUCCGAGCAGCAAUGGCGACCUUGCUUCUUUCGCAUCGAGGCCGGCUUCUGGUCACAAUCUGACCCCAAUUCCAUCGUCGCAGGGCACGAGCAGAUCGCAGUUGGAGGAAGAGCAGCAGCAAUCGCCAGGCCUGCAGAUCUACAAACGAAGCACCAGACAGAUCCUACCCCUCAAGACCGGGCUCAACGUGCGCAUGCGUACGCUCGUCACACAAUACGACCCCCAUGUUCACCGUCGCCCGUCAUCGCAUCAGCCCUCGGCGGAGCUCGAGAGCACCAGAUUGGUGCUCAGCGUCGAGCUCGAGAACCCCAUGGAGUCCGAGUCGAGCUUUGUCGUCAACGACAUCCAUAUCAAGAUCGAGAAGGGUGGAGCGGAUCAGCAGGAUUCGCAUCAGAUCCUCGCGAAACCAUUGCAGCCCAUGGCAAUGGUACUGCCAAUACAGUUGACGCGCGGCAGCCAGCACAACAUGCUUUUCUAUGUUUCGGCCGAAGCGGACCAUGCGCAGCACAACGGUCGUGCUGGAGCACUGGACAAUCGCGCGGCCGGUGCAAGGAACGUCACCAUCACCGUCUCUGGCCGGCCUCAGGGGGAGCAGGAGCAAUUGGCUGACUUUGAUUCGCAGUGGAACUGCGCUCUCGAUCUCGCACCGGUUUUGUCGGAUGCUGCGAAGCGGGACUACAUCGCCAAAGGGCCGUCUAUGGGCAGUUUGGAUCAGUCUGCUGCCGGCCCAGUGGCGGGCAACGCGCAGUACUCUGCAUCAUCGUUGCGAGCAGCUGCGCUCGGUGCCAAUCGAUCGACUUAUACUCAAGCAGACAUCACGCGGACGCCAAAAUCAGGUCAACUGGGAUUAGGAUUCCCUACGCCACUCCGAGAAAGCUCAGCUCGUCAUGUGUCUACCGCAACAAUUGCAGCUCCAAGCUCAGAACUGGUGCACCCGCAGACAUCAACGAGCUUCUUGGACAAGGCCAAGGCAAGAGCUACCCGCACUCGCACGGCUUCGCACUCUGCGACAAAGAGCAUCCGGCCAUGGAUGUCCACCUCGACCGGGAUCAGGGAGGCGGCUGGAGGAGGCCUUGUCGUUCUUUCGACCGUCAGUCGUGCUGGUACCAAUACCAGAGACGUGGCUGCAGAGGGAGAAGUCAAGUUCGAAUCCAGUCUAGGCGAGGACGGUGUUGCGCGGCCAUCUGUGUCGACGGGCGCGAAAACGCUGCAUCCCACAUCGAUCCUCGUGUCGACCGCAGAUGAGCGAGCGGUGCGAUUCCAAACGGGCGACACAGUCAUGGUCGAUCUCGCCAUCCUCUACAAGUCUGGCGCGUCCAUCGUCGAUGAUGAGGCGGAUGCGAUCGCAGGCGUGACCUUGUCCUGGGCGCAACCGUCGCCAUGCUUGACCAGUCACGACUUGGCAAAGGCGGGAAACAGAGAUUCAAUGGACACAACAGCAGGCCUCGUCAAGGGCAGAUUGAUGGACGCAGACUCAGCCCGUCUCAAAUCUUCCUUGCUCACUUCACAAGCCGAAACGCUCAAUGGCCUCAUCCCCGUUCAGGACCAUCUCAGCCUCCAGGCCUCAAUCCUGCCCUCUCAGAGCAGAACGAUCGCGAUGGGUCUUCGAUGCCUGUCUCCCGGAUACCAUGCUAUUCCGUCGCUGCAGAUGCAGUACCAGAGUAUGUCGGGUGGUCGCGAGACAGUCUCGCUCGAUGGUCUGGGUCAUGUGUACGUCACUCCUGCUGCUGUUUUGUGA